AUGGUUCAAUUCGUAAUUACGCCUUGGCGAACGCGUCGCGAGCUUCUCCAAGUGCGCGAAAAGCUUUAUCAAAAUAGUGAGACAACCCCUCCCAAUGAUUCUUAUCGUCGACAAGCCGUUUGCCUCAUAUCCGUAUGGAUGCAACGAGGAAAUUGUCCGCAUCUUGUCGAGUCCUCUGCGAUCAUUACUUCAGCUAUUUUAAACGAUGUUCCUGGAAAUUCAUCCUAUUGUGUCAGAGCUGCUUAUUCUGCUGCUUUCUGUCGUUUCGUUACAGGUCUCCUAGAUAGUCAUCAAGAUAAACGUCGCAAAUUGAGUAUGUACUCAAUUGCGAAAACUAUCGGUCUACCAGCUACAUACGUCGAACUUCGGCAUCAGGCUACCCACGAAGAACUCCCAUCGCUUCCUAAACUUCGAAUAGCUGCGCGCAAAGCAUUGAAGUGGAUUUGGGAUUUUUACUGGGCAGACUUAUCAAUCGAUGAAGAGGAUGAUGAUUGCAAGAUAUUCGUACGAGGGGUUCUACAGCAGAAGGAUCAAGGAAUCAAUCUGAAUAUGAUAAAGGAUCGACUUGAAGCCUACGGGAUAGACGACCUUCUUCGUGCGCUAGGUGAGCUGGAGGAAUCUUUAGAAGACCCCAUGACGAUAUUACAAGCGCACAAUUUCCGACAGAAGAUCUCUGAUUGGGAAGAAUCUAAAUCUCCCAAAAAGAAUAGCACAUCUGUUCCCAAUACAACCGCCCAAGAUCUUAACGAUAUCCGAGCGGGAAUGGUGAAAAUGGAACAUGAUUUAGAUGCUGCCGCGGCAUCCAUACCAAUACCUAAAGACGACAAAUCUUCUGCAAAUAGUACGGAGAAAGGCUGGUCGCGCUGGGAAGGGCCAUGGGUACCAAAACCAAUAGGAGUGCUGUGA